UGCUACAUUCCUUCUGCUCGUGGCUUUCGGUAUUGUUUACCUAUUUGGAAUACUGCGUGACAGGAGACGUUUUUCAUAAAUUAAAUAACAAGAAGAUAAUUAAACUUACCGAAAAAUUUAAGAAACUAAAAAAUCAAAUGGCUUCAUCUUCCUCGCAACCGGCUGAUCAUCGCCGCAAAUGGGACCGAGAAGAAUACGAAAAACUAGCGGCGCAGAGGAUUCGCAAAGAAAAGGAGGGAGACGAUGAUGACUUUAUGCUUCCGUCAAAGAGAGAACUUUUAAAACAACGUGACUAUAAAGUUGACCUCGAAUCACGACUAGGGAAAAGCGUCGUGAUCACGAAAACCACGCCAGCCGCGCAAGGUGCCGGGUACUAUUGCAAUGUCUGCGAUUGCAUCGUUAAAGAUUCCAUUAACUUCCUUGAUCACAUUAACGGAAAGAAACAUCAAAGAAACCUGGGUAUGUCCAUGAAAGUCGAACGCAGUUCUGUUGAGCAAGUCAAAAAAAGAUUUGAGGCAUUAAAAAAGAAAAAAGAGGAAAAAACCAAGGAGUAUGACUUGACAGAAAGAAUCCAAGAACUCAAAGAAGAGGAAGAGAAACUCAGGGAAUACAGAAGAGAAAAGAGGAAAGAAAGAAAGCGAAAGCACAACGAAGUUGACAAAUCGGAUCAGAACGACGAUAACGAUGACAUGGCAGCCAUGAUGGGAUUCAGUGGUUUUGGCUCGUCGAAAAAGUAAUGAUGAAGAACAUGGUAAACUACAUCUUCUAGCACUGCUGCAUAUCUACAUUGUCUCCCCUUUUACGUUCGGCACGAAAAAUAAAUGUUUCGUUAAAUAA